AUGGAUUUUGUCCAAAAAGUCGUCGAAAAGUUCGGCCCUGGAGGCCAGCAAACGGAAUAUGUCGAAGAGCGCCGCGACUACUACGGAGGUGGCCCUCCACAGCCAGAAGGCCCACCUCUGCCACGCCCCUGGGUUUCCCGGUGGGUAGAGCAAGACCGCCGCUGGCUCUACGUGAAUGAGAUGACCGGUGAGCAGUCUUGGGAGCGACCAUACGGUGAACCGGGAUACGGCGGCGCCCCUGCGGGAUACGGCGGCGGUGGUGGAUAUAGCCAGGGAGGCUAUGGUGGACCACCUCCUGGUGAAUACUACCGCGAAGAAGAGCGCUACCAGGAAGAACCGCCCAAGAAAGACCACAGUGUUGCGUAUGGCGUGGCCGGUGCCGCAGCUGGUCUUGUCGGCGGUGCCCUUUUGAUGCACGAGGGCGAGGAGAUCCAUGAUGAGUGGGAAGGCGAAAAGGAACACAUCGAGCAGCGCGUUGAAGACUUUCCCGAGAACGCUGCCGAAUGGACCGGCGACAAGGUCGGCGAGGCUGAAUAUGAAGUCGACAAAGUUGAGAACGCAGUAGAAAACUUCCCGGAAAACACCGCCGAAUGGGUUGGCGACAAGGUGGGAGGAGUUGAGCGGUUUGGAGAUGAGAUGGAAAAUGCCUACGACGAGGGGAGAGACGAAGGGCGAGACGGCUGGUGA